AUGACGCGCCCCGCGCUCUGUGGUGCGGCGACGCCGGAAGCGCCGUUCCCCGUCUACUUGCAAGGAACCGUCGAGCAUGGGUUUGGACGGGGCAGCAAGGACCUGAACUGCCCCACGGCGAACCUCCCGGUCUCGGCGCUGCACGCCGAGCAGGCCAAGCACCACCUGGAGCAGACCGGCGUCUACUUUGGCUACGCCCAGGUGCGCUUCCCUGCCGACGCUGCGCUCCCGCAGGAGGACCGCGUGGUGCACCCGAUGGUCAUGUCGGUGGGCUGGAAUCCGCACUUUAAGAACAAGGAAAAGUCGGUCGAGGUGCACAUCAUGCACACAUUCCACGGCGACUUUUACGGCCAAGAGAUGCGGGUCGUGGUCCUGGGCUACAUCCGCCCUGAGCUGGAAUACAAGUCGCUCGACGCGCUCAUCGAGGACAUCGAGACCGACAAGCGCGUCGGCGAGGCCUCGGCCGCACGCCCUGCGUACGCGGCCUACCGCAACGAUCCCCUAUUCCACUAG